UUUAUUUCAGUGACUGACAUCCAGAGAGCAAUAUGAUUGGCGCCCCAGCAUGCGUCAUCUUUCUCCUCUGCCAGCUCACAGGGCCAGCAGCCUCUGGAAUCCCAAAGAAGCUGGUUGGUGCCAUUGGUGGGUCUGUGAUUUUCCCUCUGAAUCUCUCAGUAAAUCUAGUUGACAGCAUUAUCUGGGUCUUCAAUUCAACCACUCUCAUCACCAUACAGCCAAAAAUGGGAGACAAAAAAGCCCUCAUCAUAGUGACCCAAAAGCGUAACAAGGAAAGAGUGAAUUUCCCACAUGAAGGCUAUUCCCUGAAGCUCAGCAGACUGAAGAAGAAUGACUCAGGUAUCUACCGUGUGGAGAUACACAGCUCAACGCUCCAGGAUCCCCUCACCCAGGAGUAUGAGCUGCGUGUCUAUGAGUACCUGUCAAAGCCCAAAGUCGUCAUAGGUCUGCAGGACAAUAAGAAUGGCACCUGUGUAACCAAUCUCACAUGUUCCAUGGAACAUGGAGAAGAGGAUGUAACUUACAGCUGGAAGUCUCUGGACCAGGCAACCAAUGAAUCCCACAGUGGCUCCAUCCUCCCCAUAUCCUGGAGGUGGGAGAAAAGUGACAUGACCUUCAUCUGCAUGGCCAGUAACCCCAUCAGCAGCAACUCCUCAAACCCUAUCUUUGCCCAGAAUCUCUGUGAAGGUGCCGCUGGGGGCCUGGCUCUCUACGUGAUCCUCUAUGUCCUAUUGUCGUUCAUCCUGCUCUGUUCUCUUGCACUGGUGUUAAUUAUUUUGAUCAUAAGAAGAACAAGAAAAAAAGAGCUCAUUGAAGAGAAGAAGGAAACAGACACUCAUCAGGAAACUCUUUCCCUCCCUCCCGUUUCUGAAGAGGUGUCCGAGUAUGAUACAAUCUCGUAUUGUAAUAAGACUAUUUCAGAGGAAAACCUGGCAAAUACCAUUUAUUCCACUGUGCACAUAUCCCCCAAGAUAACAGAACCCCACUCCCUGCCCAUGGCGUCAGAUACACCAGGGUCAUCUACUUGUAAGAAUGUCGUCUAAACAGACAUGUGCUCCAAAGAAAAUGGUCAGAAGAAUUCACUGACUUGACCAGAAACAUGAAGGAAGAGUGAAGAACACUGACUUCCCUCCACAAUAAACUAUCCUUUAUGCUCCUUCAGAGUUAAGAGUUCCUAAUCUGGGAAUUCCCAUGUGGUCCAGUGGUUAGGACUCUGCUCUCACUGCUGAGGGCCCAGGUUCAAUUCUUGGUUAGGGUACUAAGAUUCCACAAGCCGUGAGGUGAAGCAA